AUGGAUCAAGUGAACACAACCCUGAAACCAGAAGGAUCAUCUAAUCCUACACAAGAAAGUACAUGUCCAACUCAGGAGGUAUCUUCUAAUCCGAAUCCGACACCUGAACCUGAUAUUGGGCAACAAGAAGAAAUUGAUACAAUUUUAGAACCUGCAUCAAAGAAACUUAGAAGUAAUGUGUGGCAAGAAUUUAAAAAGAUGAAAGUGAAUGGAAAAGAUAAGGCUGAAUGCAUCUGGUGUAAAAAACAACUUAGUGGCACUUCAAAGAAUGGAACAAAUCACUUGAAAGGACAUCUCUUGAGUUGUAUUCAAAAAAAGAUCAAGACUAGAAACCAUGACAAAGGACAACCAUUUCUCCUACCGACUAUCUCAGAAGGAAAGCAAGAGUUGGGAAUUGGAACUUAUGAUCCAGAACAUGUGAAGAAGUUGAUUGUUGAAGCUAUUAUUAUGCACGAUUAUCCACUAUCAAUUGUGGAUCACAUUGGUCUUGGAAGAGUCUUUGUUUCUCUCCAACCAUUGUUUAAAGUUCCUACUCGAAACACAAUCAAGAAGGAGAGUCGAAUCUUGAGGUUCAUUUAUGUUCCAGCCCCUCACACUAGUGAAAGACUUGCUGAAGCACUUGUUAAUUGUUUAAUGGACUGGAACAUUGAUUCAAAGCUUUCUACGAUUACUUUAGAUAAUUGUAGCACAAAUGACUCAAUGAUUAGGAAAAUUAAGGAUAAGUUGUCGUUGGAAUGUUUAAUAAGGGAUGGGUCUUUGUUACAUAUGUGUUGUUGUGCGCACAUCCUAAAUUUAAUUGUUCAGGAGGGGCUACAAGUGAUUAAGGAUGGCAUAGAAAAUAUUCGGGAUAGUGUAGGAUUUUGGAGUGCUACACCUAAAAGGUAUGAAAAAUUUGAAGAUACCGCUAGACAAUUGAGAUUAUUUGCACUAGAAAGUUAG